AUGAUGAAUCGUAACAGUUCUCAGACAGGCUCCGUCACUGGGAGCACACGCUAUGAAGUUGCAGCUCCACCUUACUCUCAGACAUCGACCCCACUCUCUUAUUCAAAAUCUUUGGCCUCGAGGGGCUCACGAUCCAAGUCACGCAAUCGCACUACCUCUCAUUCUACUCGGCCUUUGCUUGUACACGAUGCCAUGCCAGCACCACCUUCGGAGCCUAUUCCGUCUUUGCCGCGCCGUCGCCACAAGAGCUCCAGCUCGAGCAUUGGGACACCUCGCCCGGACCUCCAACAUAUUCCUUCAGAGUACUAUUCGCAAGCGGGAAGUUUUGGAAAAGCUACAGAAAUGAAGCACCGACCUUCGUACGGUGUUCUUCGACGCAAUGGCACACUUGUACCUAGCUCGCGUCAACCGCUCGCAGGUCUCUUCAACCAGUCUUCAAACAAGCUUCCUCAACCGCCCUCGCUGACCCCUAAGGCACCAUCGAGUCAUAACGGUUCCGAUUACUCGACCAAGUCGGCGAUGAAGAGCAAGAAGCGGCCUACUUUACGCCGGGCGCCAUCUACAGUCCAUUUUCAACCUGAUCAUAUAUUUAUGUCUUUGCCUUCGAGCCGAUCACUCAAGCUUACCAACUUGCCCGAUGUCAGCAUCCGUACUGCCUUACAGAAUGCGGUCACUCCCCUCUGGUCUCGAGGGACCACAGUGUCUCGCGAAGAUCGCAAUUCUUUUGAACUUGAAUUUGGAGUUGGUGGGAAUGCUGGUGCCGGACCUUGGGCUGCUCGCGGGAACGAAGGUGUCAUGGCUACCCGAAUUCUGCUUCGCGUUUUCGAAACACUAGGCCGAAAGGGAUUUUCUUUCCUAUGUACAACUUCUCCGCCAUCAACCGGUCGAUUAAUCUUUACUUCCGCCCCAGCGGACGCAUCCUCCCAAUUCUUCGCGAUCGCAGUGUCCCGCGAUAGCUCUACCCUGCGCAUCAUUGAUGCUCCUAAUGAUGUUACGGACGCUAUUGCCCGUGUAGCUCGCAAUACCUGUCGGCGUGAAGAGCUUGGUCCUGUUGGCGAGAAAGAUUCGUCCCGUGCUCGCCGAGAGGAUCUUUAUGAUGGCUGGGCUGGCCCCGGUAAUUAUGAGAUCCAAAUGCGUCCACAGCCUUCGAAGAAACGGGGGCUCGGUGCCUCACCAUUUACGGAUGCUGAUGCCGACGAUCUUGCGAGCUCUCUGGCUCACAUUCUAAAAACUGUAUCCGCACAUGGUUUCAGGCUCGAGGCCGCUGUUCCCCUCGUGGCUACGCGCAGUGGGUUUUUUGCCUCGCUGCUCGGUGGCCAUAAUAGUGGUCCCGGAUCGUCAAGUGAUGGCGCAGAACUCUCCCGAGAACUACUUGUGUUCCGGAGUGUCGGAUGGUUCACAGGGGGAGCCGGGCUCCAGUGA